AACACAUCAAGAAUGAUUAACGAGAGUAUGGAGAGUGCUGCACCGCCGCGCUGACGCUGUUGUUGUUGAUGCCUCUUCUUCUGUGUUUAGAAGCAGCAGCACUAUAAAUUCCAUGGCAUCGCAUCCCAUCCCUCUACAAGGCAGAGAGCAGCUCCAUUGCCGCUAGCUCAGCACGUACGAGUGACGAAGCACACCACCGAUCGCCAUGGCCGGCGGCAACCUCAAGAACAUGUUCGUCGCCUUGCUCGUCCCGCUCCCCUCCAUCCUCUUCUACCUCUCCUUCGUCCGCGCCGGCGGGGACACCGGCGCCAGCACGCUCUCCUCCUGGUGCGCCGCGCACCCUCUGCUCCUCGCUAACAUCCUCUUCUUCCUCAACGUCGACGUCCUCUUCUGGCUCGUCGGACUCCUCCUCUCCAACCACUGGCUCAUUGACCUGUACUGGACCGUCAUCCCGGUGAUGCUGCUGCACUAUUACCGCGGCCACCCGGCGUCCGUGGCGGACGCGGUGAGGUCGGCGGUGGCCGUCGCACUCACCUGGCUGUGGAGCGCCAGGCUCACGCACAACUACCUCAGGCGGGAGGGGUGGGAGUUUGGCAAGAGGGAGGACUGGAGGUUCAACGAGAUGCGCGGCCAGUAUGGCAAGACCUGGUGGUGGAUGUCAUUCUUCGCCGUCUACCUCUCCCAGCAGGUGUUCCUGAUCGGCAUCUGCCUGCCCAUGUACGCCAUCCACUCCAGCAACCAGCAAUGGGGCAUCUGGGACUUUGUGGCCACAGCCGCUUGCAUUGUCGGAAUAGUCAUUGCUCACUUUGCCGACACCCAGCUGCACAAGUUUGUCACCAGGAACGAGAAGCUGAAGAAGCUGGGUGAGCCAACCGUCCCAACCCUUGAGGAUGGCCUGUGGCGGUACUCACGCCACCCCAACUACUUUGGCGAGCAGCUCUGGUGGUGGGGCUUGUACCUCUUUGCCUGGAACUUGGGCCAGCAGUGGAUGUUCGUCGGGCCUCUCAUCAACAGCCUGUGCCUUGGCUAUGUCACGGUGCUGGUUGAGCGCCGCAUGCUGAAGCAGGAGCACCGUGCUGAGGCGUACAAGCUGUACCAGAAGAGGACGUCGGUGUGGAUCCCUUGGUUCAGGAAGGCUGUCCCUGAAUCGAAGCUGAAGGAGACCUAAGGUCACAGUGUAGUCUAUUUGGGCCCUGCCCCUUGUCCAGGUUGUUCACCAUGUUGUUGUUCCAUCCCACCGCCAUGUCUAGUAUUUGUCGUUUCAUCCGCUAUGUGCAAUUAACUAUAUGUGCAUGAAGUGCAGCUUGUAUCAUGAUGACCUGUUUUAAGGUGUAAGUUAAUAAUAAUGUAUCUACAUUUAUCUGCCUGA